AUGAGGGCCUUUGUUAGUGUGGAAGCCAGUGUGAAUAGAGAAGAAGGGGCAGAUCUAAGAGAUAUAGUGGUAAAGAAUGAACAGCACUUGGUAACUGGAUAUGAGAGGCGAGUAAAAAGGAAGAGUCGAAAUUAUGCCCGAAGUCACCUCACCUCCCUCAAAAAAGAUUCAGGGAGUGAGUCAGCAGCAAGUAAAUUCCUGGAAGAGUAUGAUGAGACAGCUCAAGCUGUGUGGAAUAAGUACGUGGUGGCCGUUUGGAAUUACAACACCAACAUCACUGAGUACAACCGCCAGCAGAUGCUGGAAAAGGACUUCAUGAUGGCUCAGCAUACAUCGUACUAUGGCACAAAGGCUCGCCGCUUUAACAUCACCAACUUCAGGAACCCACUACUGAAACGCAUCCUGUGGAAGCUGAGGGAAAUGGAGAGGGCCAGCCUACCCCAGGCUGACCUUAAGGAGUACAGUGAACUUCUAGCAAAUAUGGAGACAAUCUACAAUGUGGCUGAUGUGUGCUUAGAAAAGGGACCUUGCCUGUUCCUAGAGCCUGACCUUACAAAGGUGAUGGCCUCCUCUCGGAACUAUGAUGAACUACUUUGGGCCUGGAAAGGUUGGCGGAUUUCUGUGGGCCGGCAGCUCCGCCCCAUCUACAGUCGAUAUGUGGAGCUCAGCAACAAGGCUGCCAGGCUCAAUGGUCACACAGAUACAGGGGCCUCAUGGAGAGCAGUAUAUGAGUCACCCACCUUGGAGAAAGACCUUGAGCAGCUCUACUAUGAAAUGGAGCCACUCUACCUAAACCUUCAUGCUUAUGUGCGCCGAGCUCUUUACAAUUACUAUGGGUCUCAAUACAUUAACCUAAAAGGCCCCAUUCCUGCCCACCUAUUGGGGAACAUGUGGGCUCAGUCCUGGACCAACAUCAUUGACCUCGUCAUACCUUUUCCUUCAUCCACCAAAAUGGAUGCCACCAUGGCCAUGAAGAGCCAGCGUUGGACACCGUAUAAGAUGUUUGAGGAGGCAGACAAAUUCUUCCAGUCUCUGGGGCUGCUCCCUGUUCUCCCUGAAUUCUGGCUCAAAUCAAUGCUGGAGAAGCCAUGGGACAGAAGAGAUGUGGCAUGCCAAGCCUCUGCCUGGGACUUCUACAACGGCAAGGACUUCAGGGUGAAGCAGUGCACCAAGGUGGACAUGGAAGAUCUAAUGACCGUCUUCCAUGAGAUGGGCCAUAUCCAAUAUUUCAUGCAGUACAAGAAUCUGCCCUUAGUACUACGAGAAGGUGCCAACCCAGGCUUCCAUGAGGCAAUAGGGGAUGUGGUGGGCCUCUCCGUCUCCACCCCCAUGUACCUUCACAACUCAGAGUUGCUGGUCAAUGAAGUAGAGGACUACGAAAGCGAGAUCAAUUUCCUUAUGAGCAUAGCAUUGGAUAAGAUUGCCUUCAUCCCCUUCAGCUACCUGGUGGAGCAGUUUCGAUGGAAGGUCUUUGAUGGCCGAAUCAGCAAGGAAUUUUACAAUCAAGAAUGGUGGAGCCUGAGGUUAAAAUAUCAGGGACUAUGCCCACCAGUGCCAAGGUCAGAGGAAGACUUUGACCCAGGUUCUAAGUUCCACAUUCCUGGCAAUGUACCUUAUAUCAGGGAUGUCAUGAAACUUGGAUUCAGCAAGCCAUGGCCAGAAGCAAUGAAGAUGAUCACCGGGCAGUAUAACAUGUCAGCAAAACCCCUCAUGAAGUACUUUAAGCCCCUCCUGGACUGGCUCAUUGCUGAGAAUGUGCGUCAGGAAGAAGUCCUGGGCUGGCCUGAGUUUAGCUGCUGCAUCUCUGAUAGUGGUACUACUACUGUUACUACAAUGACUACUAUUAAUUACUGCUCCUACUAUUACCACUUCUACUGCUACUACCACUGCUGCUGCUAUAGCUACAACUACUAA